UCUUUUUUUUUCAAUGUGUAAGAUGCCAUAUUUUAUUUUUGUAUUGAACAGUGGGAGAUGAGAUGAUCAGCUCCAUUGGUCGUGGAUUGUGUGUACUCAUUGGAAUCCAUAAGAAUGACACCUCAGCAGAUAUAGAGUUCAUGGUCCGCAAAAUACUGAAUACAAGAUUAUUUGAAGAUGGCAACGGGAAACGAUGGCAGUUAGGUGUUAAAGAUGCUGGGCUGGAAAUUCUGUGCGUUUCUCAGUUCACACUGUACUGUGAAUUGAAAGGAAAUAAACCAGAUUAUCGACAUGCAAUGGGAGGUGAAGCAGCCCAGCAGUUUUAUGAAGAGUUUCUUGGCCAGUUAAGGAAGCAGUAUAAAGGGGACAUGAUAAAAGAUGGCAAAUUUGGUGCUAUGAUGCAAGUUGAUAUCCAGAAUGAUGGGCCAGUCACUAUCAACAUUGACUCGCCGUCUAAGAAGGUUAAUGAGAAUUGUACAGAUAAUCAUCAGUGAUGACUAAAAAAAAUUGUAUACAUUUCUUAUGUAAUGUAAUAAAAUAAUAUAUUCUAGA